GAAAGAGUGCCGCCUCAGCUGAGAGCAAGGGAGGAGAUGGCUAUGAGGCAGGCGGCGACGGCGGGCACUCCCGGACCCAGGAGAGAGGAAGAGGCGGCGCUUCUAUUCGAGAGGGCCCAUUACCGGCACGACCCACGCUGGCUGCUGCCCGUGACCCCCCGCCUGUGCCUGGCCUGCGCGCUGGAGCUGCUGCCGGACCCCGGCGUGUCGUUAGUGCGCAAGAAGCACAUGUUGUCCUGCUUCCAAGAUGCCCUUGUGAGGCAUACCUCCCUGGUCACGCAACUGGUGUCUCAGGAUCAGAGAGUCUGCAUCCACUUCAUAAGCGUGCUUUUUGGACUAUUACGCAGCAUGGAAGAUGGGAGUGUAACAGACCUCUGUAUUGAAGUCCUUAUUCAGCUCACAACGCAACUGAAGCUGGAGCAGACCAUCCAUUGCCUGCUGGAUGAGUGCCACAAAGAGCUGUGUAACAUGCCCUCCAUGCGAGGCAGCCUGGCCACCCUGACCCUUCUUGGCAAGUUGGUGGAUGCCAUCCCUGCUCUGGCAGACGAGCUUGUAAUGGAGCACGGCAACCUGAUGGAGCAUCUGUUGAGAGGCUUAGUAUACCCCAGUGAGGGCAUACAAGCUUCUGUCUGUUACCUUUAUGGGAAGCUAUACUCCUCACCAGUGGCAGCUGAGAUGCUUUCAGGACACUUCCGGGAGAAGCUUUUUCCCCUCUUCCUUUCCAUCCUGGAUGGUGCCCAGACAAAGGAGCUGCAGAUUAACUGCUUGGGUUUGCUGAGGCAGCUGUUGAAGUAUGAUCUCUUUGUGUCCAUGAUCAUGAACCAGGAUGGACUGGGAGAAAGUGCUAAGAAUAUCGAAGGGUCAUCAGGAAAUACCUCACUGCCUUUGGUGCUCAAAAAGCUUCUCCUCUCUAGAGAUGAAACCCUGCAGGUGGCCAGUGCUCACUGUAUAACUGCGGUGCUUGUCCACUCCCCAGUGAAGCAUGCCCCAGCCUUCAUCCACGCUGACAUCCCAGAGUUCCUCUUUGAGCAUCUUUCUUCUUCCAGUGAAGUGCUCGUGUGGUCCAGCUGUAACUGCUUGACACUCCUGGCAGAAGAGCCACUCUUUUUUUCCAAGUGCCACACGGUGUAUGGGAUCGAGGCAGUGGUGAGGAGCCUGCAGGGAAGCCUGAAGAUGAACAACAUAGAGCUGCACAAGCAGGGCCUGCUGCUUUUCGCUGAAAUCCUGACCCGGCAGCCAGAGGAGAUCAAGCUGUUCACAAGCUCAGCCAUGUGCAGAGAUGCUGGCCGUGCCCUCCAAGAAGCAGUUAGCAGCCCUGUGCUGGAGGUGGCUGCUGAGGCCUUGAAGGCCACUUCUGCUUUUCUGAGGAAGGACCAUCAGAGCACUCCACCUGUGCAGUAUGGGGAACUGCGGGCUUUGCUAGAAGCCAUGCUAAACCGGUGUGCGGAGUUUUCCCAGACCUUGCUGAACAGGAGGCCCCUGGGCCAUGCCUCCAGUAGAGAUUCAGAGAAGGCCAUUCUUCAAAGGGGAAGGUUCCUCCUGAGCACUCUGGAGGGAUUUAGAAGUGCCUGCAGGUUGGCUAUAGAAUUCCAGAGUGAGCCUUCAGCCCAGGAGAAUCCAUUCACAGCUCCCAGCGCCAAGAAGGAAGACACCUUGGAGGCCUUCUCAGAAUUUCUUCUCAGUGCCUGUGACUCGCUGUGUAUCCCCAUGGUGAUGAGACACUUGGAGCAGACCACCCACCCAGCUUUGAUGGAAGUUUUCCUCUCAAUUCUACACAGCCUCUUUGUCAUCGUUCCCCACAUGAAGGAGAAGUUUUCCAAGAAGCUUGCUUCCUCAUCCUUCAUACGACUGACCCUGGAGCUGAAGGCCAGGUUUUGCAGUGGUCUGAGUCACUCAGCCCUAAACCAGGUGUGUUCCAAUUUCCUCUACUAUAUGUGCCUCAACCUCCUCUCAGCUCCAGAGAAGACAGGACCACCUUCCGAAGAAGAACUCUCUGCAGUUUCUGAGCUCCUGCAGCAUGGGCUGCCCCAGAUAAGCAGCAGGAGCCCUGAAAGCCUUGCCUUCCUGUCUGAUCACCAGUACAUGGAGGGAGCUGCUCGCCAGAGACAGUACUGCAUCCUGCUCCUCUUCUACUUGUCCUACAUCCAUGAGGACAGGUUUGUCUCAGAGGCAGAGUUAUUUGAGGCUGUGCAAAGCUUCCUCCUGUCUCUGCAGUACCAGGGCGAGCGCCCCCCACUGGUGGUCUUCAAAGCCUCCAUCUAUCUGCUUGCAAUCUGCCAGGACAAAGACAAUACACUACGUGAGACUAUGGUCAGUGCAAUCAGAAAAUUCCUAGAAGGCAUCCCAGACCUGCAGCUAGUCUAUACCCACCAUCCGCUCCUGCUCAGGUUCUUUCUGUUGUAUCCAGAGCUCAUGAGUAGGUAUGGGCACCGUGUCCUGGAACUUUGGUUCUUCUGGGAAGAGAGCAGCUAUGAGGAACUGGAUGAUGUCACCUCUGCUGGGCAGCCCACCCUUCCUGCCAGCUUAGCAGUCCUGUUCCAGUUGCUCAGAAGCAUCCCCAGCGUCCUGCUCAUCUUGCUGGACCUCAUCUAUUCCAGCCCAGUAGACACAGCUCACAAGGUACUGAUUAGCCUGAGGACCUUCCUGAGGAGGAAUGAGGAUAUCCAAGUGGGCGGUCUUAUCCGAGGCCACUUCCUGCUGAUCCUGCAGCGUCUGCUAGUGGAGCAUGGGACAUCCCCAUCAGGAGCCUCGGGGAACCUACCAUUGCUGCUGAGCCUCCUCUCCCUGAUGCAGCUCAGGAAUGUGUCAGAGCAAGAACUGGACAGCGUGGCCAUGAAGCUCCUUCACCAAGUAAGCAAGCUGUGUGGGACGUGCAGCCCCACUGACGUGGACAUCCUGCAGCCCUCCUUCAACUUCCUGUAUUGGAGCCUUCAUCAGACCACACCCAGCAGUCAGAAAAGAGCUGCUGCAGUGCUCCUGAGCAGCACAGGCCUGAUGGAGCUUCUGGAGAAGAUGCUGGCCCUCACCUUGGCAAAGGCAGAUUCUCCCAGGACUGCACUCCUCUGCUCUGCCUGGCUGCUCACUGCCUCCUUCUCUGCCCAGCAGCACAAUGGCAGUUUGCAGGUUCACCAGACACUCUCUGUGGAAAUGGACCAAGUAUUGAAGGCUCUCAGCUUUCCAAAGAAAAAGGCUGCACUACUCUCAGCUGCCAUCGUAUGCUUCCUGCGGACAGCCCUGCGACAAAGCUUUUCCUCUGCCCUGGUAGCCCUGGUGCCCUCAGGGGCCCAGCCACUGCCAGCCACCGAGGAUACUGUCCUAGCUCCACUGCGAACAUCACAAGUCCGGUCCCUGGUCAUUGGGCUGCAGAACCUCUUGGUGCAGAAGGACCCUCUAUUGUCCCAGGCCUGUGUUGGCUGCCUGGAGGCCUUGCUUGACUACCUGGAUGCCCGGAGCCCAGACAUCGCUCUCCACGUGGCCUCCCAGCCUUGGAAUCGGUUUUUGCUGUUUACCCUCUUGGAUGCUGGAGAUAAUUCCUUCCUCAGACCUGAGAUUUUGAGGCUCAUGACCCUGUUUAUGCGGUACCGGAGUAGCAGUGUCCUCUCUCAUGAAGAGGUGGGUGAUGUUCUGCAAGGUGUGGCUUUGGCUGACCUGUCUACCCUCUCGAACACCACACUCCAGGCCCUGCAUGGCUUCUUCCAGCAGCUCCAGAGCAUGGGACACCUGGCUGACCACAGCAUGGCCCAGACCCUGCAGGCCUCCUUGGAGGGCCUUCCCCCUAGCACCUCCUCAGGCCAGCCACCCCUGCAGGACAUGCUCUGCCUGGGAGGGGUGGCUGUAUCCCUGUCCCACAUCAGAAACUGAUCCUCAGGACUUGAAGGCCCGGAAGUGGAGAGAGAAUGAGACCUGGAGACAAAGGGCAUAAUUGUUGGGGAAAUGGAUGACAGCUGAAGCUAUUCAUAUGGAGCCAUAUACUCCAUUGUUGAAAUAGAAUAAGGAAAUAAAAUGAUACACUCACACGCCUGCGUGGGCUCUCCAAAAACACUGUACUACCUUGUCUACCGGA